AUGUUGGACGAUGCAGUAAAAGCUCGACUAAUCGUCUCCAAACUCGACGCCGUCACAUAUGCCCAAUUCACGAACCAUAUUCUCCCUAAAAGAGCAUGCGAUGUGCCCUUAACGGACACCGUGGUUGUUCCGAAGGAAUUGUUCGGACAUAAGAUGUCAGUAUUCGAGAGACGCUACGCUUACCUCAAAACACAGCGAAAUGAGGAAAGUCUCCGCGACUACACCGGAUUGGUCAAUCAGCGCCAUGCCAUGGCUGAAUUCAAUGACGUCACACCUGAGCAGAUGAAAUGCCUCGUAUGGAUAUGUGGACUUGGCGCCCCGCAACAUGCCGAUGUACGCGCUCGUGCCCUUCGCAAGAUGGAGGACAACCCUUAA